GGCCCAGGCGGAGGAGGAGGAGGAGCAGGUCGACCAUGUGUGGCAUCUGGGCGCUGUUCGGGAGCGACGAGUGCCUGUCGGUGCAGUGUCUGAGCGCCAUGAAGAUCGCUCACCGCGGGCCGGACGCCUUCCGCUUCGAGAACGUCAACGGCUUCACCAACUGCUGCUUCGGCUUCCACCGGCUGGCCGUGGUUGACCAGCUGUACGGGAUGCAGCCCAUUCGCGUCAAGAAGUUCCCUUACCUGUGGCUCUGCUACAACGGCGAAAUCUACAACCACAGACAGCUGCAGGAGCACUUCGGCUUCGAGUGCCAGACGCUGGUGGACGGCGAGGUCAUCCUGCACCUGUACGCCCGAGGCGGGGCGGAGCGGACGGCCGCCUUGCUGGACGGGGUCUUCGCCUUCGUGCUGCUGGACACGGCCAACCGCAAGCUCCUCCUCGGCCGGGACGCCUUCGGCGUCCGCCCCAUGUUCCGGCUGCUCACCGACGACGGCUUCCUGGCCGUGUGCUCCGAGGCCAAAGGUCUGCUGGAUCUGAAGCACUCCAUGGCGGAGCCCCCCAGGGUGGACCCCUUCCCCCCUGGACACUACGAGGUGCUCGACCUGAAGCCCAGCGGAAAGGUGGUCACCGUGGAAACCGUCAAAUACCACAGCUCCCGGCACCAGCCCCUCCACACCCGCUACGGCGCCGGGGACCCUCUGUCCUCAGGGUUCGAACCGGAAACGGUGAAGGGCAACAUCCGGCUGCUGUUCGAGAAUGCCGUUCGGAAGCGCCUGAUGACCGAGCGGAGGAUCGGCUGCCUCUUGUCAGGAGGCUUGGACUCGAGCUUGGUGGCCGCCGUUCUGCUGAAACAGAUCAAGGAGCGGAAAUUACCGUAUCCCUUGCAGACGUUUGCCAUCGGCAUGGAAGACAGUCCCGACCUGCUGGCAGCCCGGAAGGUGGCGUCUCAUAUCGGGAGCGAGCACCACGAGGUGAUAUUCGACGCCAAGGAAGGCAUCCAAGCCCUGGACGAGGUCAUUUUUAGCCUGGAGACGUACGACAUCACGACAGUGCGUGCGUCCGUGGGCAUGUACCUGGUGUCGCAGUACAUCCGGAAGAACACGGACAGCGUGGUGAUCUUCUCCGGCGAGGGCUCCGACGAACUCACGCAAGGCUACAUCUACUUCCACAAGGCCCCCUCGGCGGAGGCGGCGGCGGAAGAGAGCGAGCGCCUGCUGAAGGAGCUCUACCUGUUCGACGUGCUCCGGGCCGACCGCACCACCGCCGCUCACGGGCUGGAGCUGAGAGUGCCGUUCCUUGACCAUCGCUUCGCCGCCUACUACCUCUCCCUUCCACCGGAGCUCAGGAGCCCAAAGAAUGGAAUCGAGAAGCAUCUCCUGAGGGAGGCUUUUGAGGACUCGAACCUGCUGCCCAAGGAGAUCCUCUGGAGGCCCAAGGAGGCCUUCAGCGACGGCCUCACCUCCGUCAAGAAGUCCUGGUUCAGCAUCCUGCAGGACCACAUCGAGGACCAGGUCUCCGACUCGCUGCUGGAAGGGGCGGCCAAGAAGUUCCCGUUCAACACUCCCAAGACGAAAGAAGGCUACUACUACCGGCAGAUCUUCGAGAAGCACUACCCCGGGCGGGCGGACUGGCUGACCCACUACUGGAUGCCCAAGUGGACCGACGCCACCGACCCCUCCGCCCGCACGCUCACCCAUUACAAGUCCGACGCCAACCAGUAGCCUUCCGACCCCUCCGCGGGCCCCUCCGGGACCGGGGCGGGUCCUUCCGUCCAUCCGUCCUCCCGCCACCCCCGAGGCAGGUCCGUCCGUCCUCCCGCCACUACUGAAGCGGGUCUGUCUCCUCCCCCCCUUCCCGCCCCCGUCCUCCACGGCCCUUUGGGGCGGGUUGACCCCCCGGGGCCUGGAGUCCGAGCCCCCAGAUCCCCUGGACCCGAGCUGCAAAAACCAAAAUAAAAGCUAUUUUGAAUGCA